CGUAUGCUCUGCGUCGAUUUAAGCAGAACCAUAAUUCAGGCUACAGACACAUAUGGACUCUCGCUGAUCCGCCUGCACACACACGGGCGAGAGGCGAUGUGAAGCCGGCUUUUUCCACUCUUUUUAAAUGUAGUAUUGCUGAUAAGUAUGACGGAAAUGUUUUCAACUCUGUACGGGCAAAACGAUGCUCAGGGACCGGCCGGGGCUUCCUCUCUGGGGUUCGGCUCGGGGAAGCCGCCUCCGCCGCUGCCGCAGAACGCAGCCGCCAUGGCGGGGCAGCUGCCAGGACAGCCCGGGGAUGAGGGGCCUGCUCCCCGGAAGACCGGAGCUAUGAAUGAACCUUUCUACCUGUUACGAGAGCUUCCUGUGGGAAAUGAACUGACAGGCAACACAAACCUCAUCACGCACUACAACCUGGAACACGCCUACAACAAGUUCUGCGGGAAGAAAGUGAAGGAGAAGCUCAGCAACUUCCUGCCAGAGUUACCAGGUAUGAUCGACUGCCCAGGCACUCAGGAUGGCAGCUCAUUGCGUUCUCUGAUCGACAAACCUCCAGUAUGCGGGAACUCCUUCAGCCCACUGACUGGCGCUCUGCUCACAGGCUUCCGACUACACACAGGACCGCUCCCAGAACAGUACAGACUGAUGCACAUACAGCCUCCAAAGAAGAAAAGCAAACACAAGCACAAGCACCAUCGACCGCAGGACCCAUUACCACAAGAAACUCCGUCAGACUCUGAUCCCAAGAAAAAGAAGAAAAAGAGGGACGAUGAUCCUGACCGCAAGAAAAAGAAGAAAGAUAAGAAAAAGAAGAAGAACCGCCACAGUCCCGACCACCCCGGCCUCGCUGGAUCACAACCCAACAGCAACAGUCUCAGAUAGACGGGAGUCCGGUGUGUGUAUGCCUGUGUGUGAAUGGGUUUUUUGUAAGAUAACGCACGAGUGUUUUACAGGUGAAUGUAUUAUUGUGAGUGUGUUUAAUGAGAGAAACCAACGGGUGUAUGGGUGAGUGUGAGUGUGUGUGUGUGAGUGUGUGUGUGUGUGUGAGAGCAGCGACACGGUGGGUGUGGGUCACUGCGGAGAUGUUACAGAACAGUAUAAAGAGCUGAUGAGCUGUGUGUUGUUGACUGGAAGUCUCUUUAAUUUUGUUGUGAUAUCUUUUGACCAUAAUGCCAAAAUCAAAUAAACUUUGGGUAUUACCUUU